UUUCUACAUUGCCACAGUGCUUGAUGGGAAUGGCUGAGCUUUUCCAUGGGAAAGAACAUGCGUCAUACAAUGGAGAUUCGAUCAGACCAGGAGUUUAAAGCACCAGUGAGAUACUAUUUGAAGGGACGUGGCGCUGAUGAACCUCCUGUUAAUGUGUUUAUCGUUGAUCCAAUCUCCGGUUACGUGAGAGUUACAGGUAUUCUUGACAGAGAGCACAUUCCCGUUUACCAUUUUGAAGGAUUUGCCCUAUACCCCAAUGGAACACGUGCAGAUGGACCCAUUGAGCUCCGUAUCCAAGUUGCCGAUGAAAAUGACUGUGCCCCUGUAUUUGACGAAAUGUCCCCUGGAUCUGUAUAUGAAUCAAGUCCAACUGACACCUUUGUCAUGAAAAUAAGUGCCACAGAUGAUGAUGAGCCUGGUGGCAUAAAUUCAAAAAUAGCAUACAGCAUUGUGAGCCAGAGUCCAGGAGGAGAUAUGUUCUACAUAAAACCAGAUGGCUCACUUUAUGUCAGAAUUCCUUGUCUUGAUCGAGAAAUACAUGAGUCUUACACUUUGAUUGUGAAAGGAACAGAUCUGGAUGGUGCAGUAAAUGGCAACACUGGAACAGGCACUGUUAAAGUCAACAUCCUUGAUGUCAAUGACAACGUUCCCACACUGGACAAAGAAGAUUAUACAGGCAGCAUAGAUGAAAAUAUACAGGGUGUGGAGGUGAUGAGGUUCAAAGCCAGCGAUCUUGAUUUGGAAAACACCAACAACUGGCUUGCGCAGUUUGAGAUCAUUUCAGGAAAUGAAGCUGGCCACUUCAGCAUCACCACCGACCCCAAGACCAAUGAGGGCAUUUUAAUGUUGGAAAAGCCAGUUGAUUACGAAGAUGUGAAAGAGUUUGACCUUGAAGUCACCGUAGCAAACAAAGCACCAUUCCAUGUGGUAUCUAGUGGAGGGUUUGGAGGAUACAGUUCUGAAGGUGGAAUUUGUGCAGGAGAGGGUAGAGGAGCUGGUGGAGGAGAGGAUGUGACCAUGCGCAAAACAUAUCCUGUCAAGAUCAAAGUAAACAACUUGCCUGAGGGUCCCAUGUUCAGCCCCAAGAUCAAGGCUGUGCCCGUCUCUGAGGACAGCAAAAUGUUCAACAUAAAAAAUAUAAUUGCAACAUAUCCAGCCAUUGAUGGAGACACUCUGAAGCCUGCUGAAAAUGUCAGGUAUGUAAAGGGACAUGAUCCUGACAACUGGUUGGUCAUUGAUGAAAACACUGCAGAAAUCAGACUCAACAAAGCCCCAGAUCGGGAGUUCAAGCACCUGGUCAACGGAACAUGCUAUGCCAAAAUUCUCUGCAUAACACAAGAUAUGCCCUCCAAAACUGCUACUGGGACCAUUGCUGUCCAGGUAGAAGACAUGAAUGACCACUGUCCCACUCUCACUGGCACUUCUCAGACCCUGUGCUCAGAUGAGAAAGUUGUGUUCGCCACAGCGGUAGAUGAAGAUGCUGAUCCCAACGGGGCUCCCUUUAAAUUUACCAUCAUAUCUGAAGAAACCAAGGGAAAAUGGACAGUGGAGCGCCUGAAUGACACCACAGCGAUCCUGAGAGCCAAGGAGUCCUUAUUUCCGGGGUCCUACAAAGUGACCCUUGAGAUCGCAGACCAGCAAGGGGAGUUCUGCCCUGAGAGACAGGUCAUGAAGGUGGACGUGUGCACCUGCACCGAGAAUAGGGUCUGUAAAGCAAAGGACGGGACGGGCGCUGGUUUCGGAGCCCUAGGGACCGGUCUGCUCGUUCUUGGCAUCGUCAUGCUUCUGCUGGCGCUCCUCCUGCUGCUCUUCUGCACCUGUGGAGGAGGGAGAGCCAGUGGUUUCGCCGUUACCCUCCACGAAGUGAAAAUUCGUGAGAAUGUGGUGGUUCCAAACCAGACGUACCUCAUUCAGCAGCCUGUUUACUAUGCUACGGCUCCGGUUUUACAGGCUACUCGGUAUGUUGUUGAGCCUCAGGUUCACAACACAGUUCUGGUGUCAGAGAUGCCCUCUGUGCCUACCGUGCAGUGUAUGUGGUAAGUGAUGCUCCAGCAGCGGGGAACGUGGUUGUCCAGGAGAGAAGAGUGGUGGGGGGUCCUGUCGCACACAGUGGUGUAAUUGGGGUGCAGCAGGGUACCUUAAACAGGGGCAAGAAUGUUGUGUUGGUGGAGAGGAAUGUGGGUUCAGGCCAGGUGAUGAGAGAGGGGACAGGCCUUGUCCAAAUGGGGAGUCUACUUAGAUCACAGAGCAUUAUGCUAGUGGAGGGACAGGUG